AUGGUCACUCAAAAUGUCCAAAAAAGUUUACAGCAACUACACUCCAAAGCUAGAACUACCCUGAAAGAAGUAUUGACCACUGGUCUCAAGACAUGCGAAGACCAACAGACUGAGUCCCCGGUGCAAAUCUCUACCAACAUACCAUUCAAAAAAACGGACAAGUUCAGACCUCGGAUUUGGGGCAAUGCGGAGUUCGAAAUCCAAACUGACUGGCUCAUCGGUGGUAGACAAAUGGCUGUGGACCAGACCUGUGACGAACUCGGCGGCGCCAUCGUCAUCACCGCGAAGUAUAAGUCCCAGUCGCUACCCGUAUCAGUCGAAUGGAGCCGAGCCUACAACGGUAUUCUGCUCGGAGACAUCAAAGUCACAGGUAACUCAUGCCCUAUUACGGCAGACGACGCCGGUUGUGUGAUCAAAGCCGCUAUAACGCCACAACGGUCGGCGAACCUUGGCACGGCCUUUGUGGAGGUCGGGCCGUUCGACAUGGACGUCAGCAUGAAACAGAGCCUUCUCAGCUACCUGGGAAACAAACAAGCGAGCUUCUCGGUAGACCUGUAA